AGGGUGACUGACAGGAGGCGAGGAACCCAAUGCUGGACUCAAAUCUGAAGGAGGAAGCUUAGCCCGGAGCUAGUGUCCCGUCUGCAUCCAACUGGAAAGUCCGUGUGGAGCUCUAUUCCGAGCAGAACUGCCUUGAGCGAUUCUCGACUUGCAGCAAAUACAGCCGUUUCCGCACAGAUGACAGCUAUUAGGAAACCGCAUCCAUUAAUCUUCAUUGUCUUGCCUUUAUUUAUGCAGGGUUGCUUUUCCUCCAAAGCGGAGGAUAGGCUGUUCCGGAGGAUUUUUCGCCGAUAUAACCAGCACAUCAGGCCGGUGGAGAAUGUGUCUGACCCGGUGACUGUACAGUUCGAGAUUUCCAUCUCACAGCUGGUCAAAGUGGACGAGGUCAACCAGAUCAUGGAAACUAACCUUUGGCUGCGACAUAUCUGGAAUGAUUACAAACUGCGAUGGAACCCAGUUGACUAUGAUGGGAUCGAAUCCAUCAGAGUUCCCUCUGACCACAUAUGGAAACCAGACAUUGUGCUGUACAACAACGCAGUGGGAGAUUUUCAAGUUGAGGACAAAACAAAAGCGUUACUCAAAUAUGACGGAACUGUUACUUGGAUACCUCCUGCCAUUUUUAAAAGCUCCUGUCCAAUGGACAUCACUUAUUUUCCUUUUGACUAUCAGAACUGUUCGAUGAAAUUUGGAUCCUGGACCUAUGAUAAAGCCAAAAUUGACCUUGCGAUCAUUGGGUCCAAAGUAAACUUGAAAGAUUUUUGGGAGAGUGGCGAAUGGGAAAUCAUUGAUGCUCCUGGAUAUAAACAUGACAUUAAGUAUAAUUGUUGUGAAGCUAUUUAUGUGGACAUCACUUACUCAUUCUACAUACGAAGACUUCCCUUGUUCUACACAAUCAACCUGAUCAUUCCUUGCCUGUUGAUAUCCUUUCUGACUGUGUUAGUUUUUUAUUUACCCUCUGACUGUGGCGAGAAGGUCACUUUGUGUAUAUCUGUACUCCUCUCCUUGACAGUAUUUUUGUUGGUUAUCACUGAAACCAUCCCUUCUACCUCUCUGGUGAUUCCUCUGAUUGGCGAAUACCUUUUAUUUACAAUGAUCUUUGUCACUCUGUCCAUUGUUAUAACUGUAUUUGUUCUAAAUGUCCACUAUCGAACUCCAACUACUCACACCAUGCCAAGGUGGGUUCGGAGGGUCUUCCUGCACUUCUUACCCAGAGUGAUGUUGAUGAAAAGGCCUUUAGAUGAAAAGCAAGCUGAAAACUCUAGGAACAGGCAAAGGAAAGCUAACCAUCUCCAAACAAAUUGUGCCAGCUAUAUGGAACAAAGCGAUUUCAAGGUUAACAAAGACCAGCCAAAAUUUCCCUGCCAGUACUGCAAACAGCCCAGUGAUGAUGCUUCCUGUAACAUUUCCAGAUAUAUCAGCCCACCAUUUGAGACUCUGUUCGGUGUCUCACUCCUUUCUCCUGAAAUCCGACAGGCUAUAGAGAAUGUCAAGUAUAUUGCAGAGAACACAAGGAGCCAGAAUGCUGCCAGAGAGGUGGAAGAUGAUUGGAAAUAUGUGGCGAUGGUAAUUGACCGAAUAUUCCUGUGGGUAUUUGUUUUAGUUUGCGUACUGGGAACUGCGGGGUUGUUUUUACAGCCACUAAUGGCUGCAGAGUAAAUCUAGUGUCUUAUUUGAAACCAAUGAACAUCAUUGGUAUUAAGAUACAGUGUACAUAAUACCAGUGCCGUCUGUCACACUAGAACAUACAGGUAAUCAAACGCAGCAUGAAGAAAAAUGAAAAACUUCUCCAUUGAAAUCUUUGUCUUUUAUUCCAUGCAUUUAUUAGCUGUUGACAAAAUAAUGAUUCUGUGACCUUUUAUAUGUAAAACCAUAAAUCACUGUUCACUGUAUUGUGUUAUAAUGCCAGUGGGUCAUGGCCAAGCUUCCUAUAUUGUGAAUGAUGUCAUGAUAAAUGUAUUAUCUAUUAAAAAAUUAUCCUUUUAAUAUUUUAGACUAUAUCAGCAAACAAUUGGUGAUUCUAUCUUUCUUGUAGCUCUCUAAUUAUUACAAAACUUUCUUUUUAUUGUAAUUGUUUAGUAUCUUUCUGCAAAUUGAUGGGAGCAUCAAGUAAUUUUAAAAGUAGGUUGUGAAAUAAUAUCAAUUAGGGAAGAAACUGGACAUGCAACAGCUGAAAAUGCAGAUGGUUAAAGAUCACUGAUACUGAAAUAAAUGGAUAACAAUGUUGGUUCCAACUAUUAUGAUAUUUUCAUACUAUCCACAUUGAAUAUUUCAUAUCUGAAAUACAAAUAUAACCUUGUAUACUUGAUUUUCAUAAAUUGCUUUGCAAACAUUUUUCCCUGAGAUCAGCCAACUGUAAAACUUUGACCUACUUGAUCUAGACUAGACAGUACCUUUGGCUUUUAUGCCUGGCAGAGAAUGACUUUAUUUUUAAACGAGCAGCAUAUAACAAAACAAAUGCUGUGAGUUGCUCAAAAAGAGAGCGAGUGCCUCAUAUAUAUUGAUUUUUUUUACAUCCUCAAGAGAUCUCAAAAUUUUUCAAAAUUAAAGAAGUACUUUCAAAUUAUUGUAAUAGUUGUCAUGUUAUGCGCUUUGGUAACCAUGAAUCAUGAACCAUGAACCGUGAAUAUUUCUCAGUUGACAAAGAUAUUUCAAAAGAUGGCAAGUUAUGUUACAGCUGUAUCAAACUUUAGUUAGCCCACAUUUGGAACAUUGCAUGCAGUUCUA